UGCUGGAUUGGGACACAGCCGGAGCAGCACUAAACUGGGGCAGGUGAACCGGUCGCUUCGCGGCUCGUUUUUGUGCCGCGAACAAGAGACUUUUUUUUUGAGUGUUUUAACUUUAGAUCUAUUCUGAGACUUCCUUAAUGUCCUGGUUACCGAGCAAACGAGUCAACAAAACGAAAACACAUUCUCAGCGCUUUAUUUAAAAGCGUUUGUCAAAGCCCUAAGAAACAAGAACAGCUCGUGUUCGCUCAACCAAUCAGACGCUCGUCUGUUACUGCGUCUGCGUUUCUCAGCCAAUCAAAUCAUCCCGUACUGAGUGGAUCCCCGAACACCGGCGCCUGUGUAAGUAAGCGCAUCACACACAGGAGCAGAAAGAGUGCUGACGUUCACAAACCUCCAGACAUGCCUCAGAAAAAUAAAUCUAAUUUCUCCAGUGGAACAGUUCAAGCAGCUGUGCCUGACAGUGGGGAGCCACCACCAACGCCAGAGCCAAGAGCUUCACUGACCUCUGGGGACAAUGUAGAGGCAGCAGAAAAAGAGCUUGAGGACCUGCAGAUAAUCAAAUCACCCAGUGACCCAAAGAAGUACAGGUACAUUGAGCUCAACAAUGGACUGAAAGCACUGCUCAUCUCAGACCAGAGCCGAGAGCACAGCACAAAUAACUCUGAGCAGCCAGGAACAGAAGAAGCUGAAAAGGAUGACAGUGAGGAAGAUGAAGAGGAGGGUGGGAGUUCUGAGGAAGAGGAACAUGACAGCAGUGAACAUGGUGAGGAUAGUAAGGGCUCGGAUGAGAGCUGUGAAGUAAGGACGAAAAAGAAGGCAAGCUCAGAGAAACAGUCAGCAGCUGCUCUGUGUAUCUGUGUGGGAAGCUUCAGUGAUCCUGAGGAUCUGCCUGGUCUGGCCCACUUCCUUGAGCACAUGGUGUUCAUGGGUAGUGAGAAGUACCCAGCUGAAAAUGGUUUUGAUGCAUUUCUGAAGAAACACGGGGGCAGUGACAAUGCUUCUACAGACUGCGAGAGGACCAUCUUUCAGUUUGAUGUUCAGAGGAAGUACUUCAGAGAGGCUCUGGAUAGGUGGGCACAGUUCUUCAUCUGUCCUCUGAUGAUAGAGGACGCUAUUGACAGGGAGGUGGAAGCUGUUGAUAGUGAAUACCAGUUAGCCAGACCGUCAGACUCCCAUCGCAAAGAAAUGCUUUUUGGAAGCCUUGCAAAGCCCAACCACCCAAUGACUAAGUUCUGCUGGGGAAAUGCCCAAACUCUGAAGCACGAACCAAAGGAAAAUAAGAUAAAUACUUAUGAGCGUCUGCGGGAAUUCUGGAAGAGAUACUACUCUGCACAUUACAUAACCCUCACUGUUCAAUCCAGAGAGACUCUGGACACUUUAGAGGAAUGGGUGAGGGAGAUCUUCAUCAAGGUCCCCAACAAUGGUCAGCCUCGGCCUGAUUUUUCAAACCUUCAGGACCCGUUUAAUACACCAGAUUUCAACAAACUUUACAGAGUGGUUCCUGUGAGAAAAAUCCACGCUCUCACCAUCAGCUGGGCUUUACCUCCUCAGGACAAACAUUACAGAGUCAAGCCUUUGCACUACAUAUCCUGGCUGAUUGGCCACGAGGGUGCUGGCAGUAUUCUCUCCGUGCUCAGAAAGAAGUGUUGGGCUCUGGCUCUGUUUGGAGGAAAUAGUGAGACAGGUUUUGACCAGAACACCACCUACUCCAUCUUCAGCAUUUCCAUCACCCUGACUGAUGAGGGUUACCAGAACGUCUCCCAGAUCGUCCACUUGGUGUUCCAAUACCUAAAGAUGCUUCAGAAACUUGGAACCCAGCAGAGGAUUUAUGAAGAAAUCCAGAAAAUCGAAGCCAAUGAGUUUCAUUAUCAAGAACAGACGGAUCCAAUUGAGUUUGUGGAGACAAUCUGUGAGAACAUGCAGCUGUUCCCAAAGGAGGACUUCCUGUGUGGACACCAGCUCAUGUUUGAAUACAACCCAGAGGUGAUCUCGCCUGCCCUAGCACUGCUGACUCCUGAGAGAGCGAACCUGCUGCUGCUGUCUCCGGAGCACGAGGGACGCUGCUUACUCAAGGAGAAAUGGUUUGGCACUCAGUACAGCAUGGAAGAUAUUCCUCAUGAGUGGAGUGAUCAGUGGGCUGGAGAUUUCCCUCUCAAUCCCAGCCUUCAUCUCCCAGCAGAGAACAAAUUCAUAGCCACUGACUUCACCCUGAAAACACCAGACUGCCCCCAAACUGAAUUCCCUGUCAAAAUUAUCGACAACAGCAGAGGGCGACUGUGGUUUAAGAAGGACAACAAGUUCAAAAUACCAAAAGCGUACAUCCGCUUUAACUUGCUGACUCCACUUAUACAGGAAUCUCCUGAAAACCUGGUCCUGUUUGACAUCUUUGUGAACGUCCUGGCCCACAAUCUGGCUGAGCCUCUUUAUGAUGCUGAUGUUGCCCAGCUGGAGUACAAACUGGUCCCUGGAGAUCACGGCCUGGUCAUACGACUCAAAGGCUUUAACCAUAAACUGCCUUUGCUGCUGAACCUGAUUGUGGACUACCUGGCCGACUUCACUGCAGCUCCUGAUGUGUUUAGCAUGUUUGCUGAACAGCUGAAGAAGACUUACUUCAACAUCCUCAUCAAACCGGAGAGACUGGGAAAAGAUGUGCGUCUGCAGAUUCUAGAGCAUUGCCGCUGGUCGGUCAUCCAGAAGUACGAGGCCAUCAUGAAGAACCUCACUGUGGAUGAUCUUAUGCAGUUUGUUACUAAAUUCAAGGCCAAGAUGUUUGUGGAAGGGCUUGUGCAGGGGAACUUCACCAGUGCUGAAUCCAAAGAGUUCCUGGAGUAUUUUGUUGAGAGACUUCAGUUUAAGCCUCUGGAGGCUGAACCUCCUGUUCUCUUUCGUGUGGUGGAACUCCCACAGAAGCAUCACCUGUGUAAAGUCCAGUCCCUCAACAAAAGCGACGCCAACUCUGAGGUCACCGUUUAUUAUCAGUCUGGGCUCAAGAACCUUCGAGAGCACACGCUGAUGGAGCUGCUAGUGAUGCACAUGGAGGAACCCUGCUUUGAUUUUCUGAGGACUAAAGAAACUCUGGGGUAUCAGGUGUACCCCACCUGCAGAAACACCUCCGGUGUCCUUGGCUUCUCAGUUACUGUAGAGACUCAGGCGACAAAGUUCAGCACAGACUUUGUGGAGAAUAAGAUUGAAGAGUUCCUGGUGAACUUUGGAGAGAAGCUGACCAACCUGACAGAUGAAGCGUAUCAGGCACAGGUCACUGCUCUGAUCAAGCUGAAGGAGUGUGAGGACACACACCUCGGGGAGGAGGUAGACAGGAGCUGGUUUGAGGUGGUGACUGAGCAGUAUGUGUUUGAUCGACUCAGCAAAGAGAUUGAAGCUCUGAAGCAGAUGACCAAAGCAGAGCUGCUGUCUUGGUUCAUGGGGCACCGAGGUGCAGAGGGCAGGAAGCUCAGCGUUCAUGUUGUUGGUUUCGGUAAAGAGGAGAACAACCAGCCUGAAGAUGUCCAGACCUGUCUUAAUCCAGCAGAGAAAACCGAAGGCACUCCAGCCAAGUCUUCCUCAUACGGAGAGGUGUCCAAACUCACCUUCCUGCCGCCCACGUCAGCCCUCGCUGGAGCCACCAUGAUCACCGACAUCCGCGCUUUCACCUCCUCCCUCACGCUCCACCCUUACCACAAGAUCCUCAGCUAGAGUAGGACUGUUUUUAUCAGUCAGAGAAGAACUCAGGAAACCCUGCUCUGAUGUACUCGCUCAAAGGGCUACCUCAUAUUUGAAGAACUGUGCAAGAAUUCUCUUUUCUUCUUUCUAUUUAGUCCUGUAAAGAAGUGGUCACCAACUCCAACAAGGUAAAGGAGGUCAUAUCGGUCCUGGUGGUCCUAGUCCUUAAGGUUCUAGUCCUGGAGUGGAACAGUGGAACUUCAGUAUACAAGGGGUUCAAAUAAGUAUUAAAAAAAUAACAGUGCUAUACUGUGAUGAGGGUUGUUAUAUAUACAUAUCAUAAAGGAACUGAGAUGCAACAUUGUUACUUUGAAUGAAUACCCUGCAGAAAUCAAACACCAGGUUACUGAAUAAUAAUAAAAUGAUGUCAGUACUGUCUGAAUGUAUGCAGAAUGCCACUCAUUACAAUUAUGAGUUGUUGCUUAUGCAGGAUAUUUUACCUUGAACUCUGUUUUGAAGACGAAUAAGCAGACAGUGUUCUCAUGUUCUUAUCACUGUAGAAGAUAAGUGCAGGUCAGCAGUGCAAGCCUUACCUCUACUUUAACUGCUGUGGUGGUGUCUAGCAUGUUUUAAUUGUGUGUUUAUUAAUCAAGUGUACAUAUUUAAUAAAUGUGUGACUGAGGACUGA